AUGCGUCGUAUUCAAUCAUGUGGAUCUUAUCAAACAGUAGUCAAACAAGGUUCAUUAUCAAUUAAACGUAUUCGUUCAAUUUUACUCACAUUAAUUGAACAGUAUAAUGUUCUUCAUACUACUGUUCGUUUCAACCCGCGAAGUAAUCAAAUGGAACAAUACAUUCAGGCUGCUACCGAUGAAAUUUAUUCAUUUGAACAUUCACGAAAUAUUAAUACAGCAGAGCAACGUCAUCAAUUACUUGCCAAGGAAUCUACAAAAUAA